AUGUUUGGUUCCAAAUUAAAGGCUUCAAAAUUGGACCAACACGAUAAGACAUGGAUAGGGGCAGAGUUGAAGUCCUCUUUUCCACUUCACGAUGUUCGACUCUCUUCACGUAACAUCAUGGGACGAGAGACACAACUUGGGUCAGCCAGGACUCGCAUAAACGUGUGCAUGAGACUAGAUGAAAGCAUGAAAAAACAAGUUCAGUCGACAAAUGCAUCAAACACAAGAGUCCAGUGA